AUGCGGCAGUGGCAGGACGCAGCUUUGAUAAAAUGGACAGUGAUUGACUCGUACUCCUUUCUUAUCCGCAACACGAUUACGAGUUCAUUUGAGCGAGUGAAACGCGAUCAGGAAAUACUUACCCUGCUGGACAAGCUGGCCCACCGUUUUGGAUGCGCAGUUGUGAUAACGAAUGAUGUAACGACUCGCUAUUUCACUGCGGAUAAAGCUAGCGAAGAACCAUCGAUUGUGCUGGCACUUGGUGAUGCCCACAGUCACAAAAUCAACCAACGGAACAUCCUUGGUCGGAUUGUGUCGGACGAUGACCCACUCCAUAACGGAUUGCAUGUGGUAUUGAUAGAAAAAUAUCUUUUCACACCUAGAGUUUCGGUCGCCUUUCGUAUUGAGCGUGGUGGGAUUCGAAGCACGAGACUGCCAGCGCAUAACGGAAGCGAAUCUGUAUUGCCUGCCCCUAACCAGUGA